AUGUCCUCUCCGGAUUCUGUCACUGAGAAUGGACACCGAACAGUGAGCUCAUUUGGCGUCUUCGCUGUCAUACUGGGCAUGAUCAUCGGCGGCUUCCUUCUUGCCUAUAUGAUUUCCUGUCUGCAAUCUUAUCUCGACAAGCGUCCCCAACAGCCUGCUCAGCCGAAGCCUAUCGAUCCUAAACCACCGGAGGACAAAUCGGGACCAGACGAGAGAGACCUGGAAGCGGGCCCCAACACCAUCAUAUCCGAGAAACCGGCGCCGAUCCAGCAAGAUAAAAGGCCCUCGUUGGCUGCGCUCCGUCGUCCUGGCAUCCUCCGUUGGUCGAAGAUAUCCGUUGAACGCCCCAAACCGGAUCACCAAGAUUUCAAAGACACAAUCUCGCGUCCGACGAGGCUUCUGCCCAGCGACUCCACCUACGUCGUCGUCAGAAGCCCCUUCCAGCUGCCACCACUCGCGACCAACCGGUCCAGUCGUGCCCGCUCUCUCGAAUCUCACCGGCUCACGCUUAACCUCUCUGGCCGUCGAGAGACUGAUCUCUCGAGCGGAAAGACGGCGGCCGAGCCGUCCAGCCAGACGAUCGUCGGUGUCAAUGACUCGCCCUCCCCGAAGGGCCCGCCCAAGCGCACGAUAGCAUGGUUCGACCAGCUUUCAAGCCCCUUGAACUCGAGGAGCUCCCGCAGCAACAGUCUGCCCUCCAGCUGGGACGAGAUCCUGCACAGUCCUGCCUCGGCUCACGAGGAAGAGCCCCGGCUCCGGCUCGGCUCAGUGUCCGAGCUAUGGCUCGACUUCCAAAGCCAGCUCGCCGUCGGAUGA